GCUCCCCUCCACACCGUUACGAAAAAUCGCGAGUUUCCUGCCGACAACAGACGAUGCACUAAAGGCAACAUUUUCUCAAAUCCACAAUGUCGGCAGAGGGCAAGAAGCUGGAUACAGCUGGCAAAGAUGCCACGCCCAGCAACCCUCGAGGUAUCCCCAAGGCGCCGUUCGUCGACAAGGUUGAGGACUACGUCACAACCCGCGAAGAUGUCGAACCGACUAUGCGAAAUUUCCAGGAGAUGAUUUCGAAAUACCAGUUCAUGGAGCUGAACCUUCAGAAGAGAAUGGCCGGACUCAAAGACAAGAUACCCGAUAUCCAGAAGACCCUAGACUCCGUGCGGUUCUUGAAGCUCAGACAGAACGAUGAUGAACCAAUCGAGACGACCUUCGAGCUCAACGACACGCUAUACUCCAAGGCGAAGAUCCCGCCCACCGAGGAAGUGUACAUCUGGCUAGGCGCCAACGUGAUGCUGUCGUACCCUAUCGACGAGGCCGAGACGCUUCUCGAGUCCAAGCUAUCGACGGCGAAAACGAGCUUAUCAAACUGCGAAGAAGACCUAGACUUCCUGAGAGAGCAGAUCACGACCAUGGAGGUUGCCAUUGCGAGAGUUUACAACUGGGAGGUCGUCCAGAAGCGCAAAGACAAGGAAGAAGGAAAGGGCAUCAAGAAGGAAGGGGACGAAAGCGAGGCGAACGGCUGAUGCAAUGCUCGAUACCAAACAAAAACCACUUGGUAAUUCUGUCAUUUUCACGAUGGCGCCUCAUUGUGAUGCACAAUCUCCUGAGCUCAGUCAGUCAGUAAUAGACUCGGAACUCUAUCCGAUAUUGGGGGGUAUAAGAGCCUUACAGGCUUACGAAUCCUAGCAAGGGGUGCGAAGAUGACCUAAUUUCGGGUUCCGGCCUGGAGUGUGGGAGGCCUCAAUGUGCCAGUGCAUCCAUCACGAUAAUAAAAGUAUUCAGUUCAUCUGUGCCACGCCAUAGA